AAUCCAAUCCAAUCCACAAAACGCGGACAUCUGCGACAUCUGCCAUUGCCUGCCAUUGCGAGCUGCUGUAGUGCUUACGUGAGUCGUGACGUGUUGUUUUCGGACUUUGGUAGAUCGAGACCAUGGAGGCCACUUUUAACCUCAACUCCUUCUGGAACUCCUUCAGCAACAGACUGGAGAAGCCGGUGCGUGAGCACCUCCAGAAUGUGUACAGCUGCCUGGCCAUUUCGACCCUGGCAGCAGCUGCGGGCGGAUAUGUGCAUCUCUUCACCGACUUCCUGCAGGGCAACUUUCUGACCACAUUGCUGUCCCUUGGACUUCUUGUUGCGCUCUUCACGGUACAGGACAAUGGGAAGAACCAGCAUGUCCGUCUGAGCAUUCUUGUUGGCUUCGCCUUCACCACAGGAUUGGGCCUGGGGCCGCUCCUGGAUGUGGUGGUCUCUGUGGACCCUUCAAUCGUGGCCACUGCGUUUGUGGCCACCUGUGCCGUCUUUGCCUGCUUCUCCCUGAGCGCGCUCUACUCGGACCACUGCCGCUGGAUCUACAUCGGAGGAACCCUGAUGUCCAUCCUGUCGAUGAUGCUUGUGCUGUCCCUGGCCAACCUGUUCUUUGGAUCCUACCUGCUUUUCCAGAUGCACCUCUACCUCGGCCUGAUCCUCUUCUGCUUCUUCGUGCUGUACGACACCCAGCUGAUCAUUGAGAAGAGGAAGCGCGGGGAGCGUGACUACAUCAGACACUCUGUGGACCUCUUCAUUGACUUGGUCAGCAUCUUCAGACACCUGCUUGUGAUCCUGACUCAGAAGGAAAGCAGCCGGCGUGAGAAGCGGAACUGAUGGCUUUGCAGCACUGGCAGGAUUCCCUGGGCUGCAGAGACUUUUUUUUUUCUGGGAUUGUUUAGGUGUCAUUGAGCAAGGCCUAAAUUCGCGUCUUUAACCCUGUCCUGGAAGCCUCUCGUGCGGCUCCCCCCACAUUGAGUCAUAAAUCUGCAAACGUGCCCCUCUGGUUUCCAAGUGUCUGAGUUCAAUGGAAAUAUAUUCUUUGUGUGAGGCCGACUUUUUUUUUUUGGUGCUCUUGACUUUGCUUGGUUUAUCUGCUAUUUUGACUGAGUUUAAAUUUUGUUUUUCUGCUUCGUUGCUUGAGCAUAGGAAGCAGUCUGAUCCAGUUGGAGGGCUGUACUUUGGCUAUUUUGUUGCUUUUUGUUUGUGGCACAUCUUAGAGUGUUUUGUGUUUCUUGCCUGUAUACCCAGUCUGUAUGUGACGUUACAGUGAAUACAUUAUUGUCAUUCACGGCGCAACAGAUGUACUGACCUUCCACACAAGAAAAACAGCUGACAAUCAUUCUCGGUAUUCUGGGGUCAUACUAUUUGUGUGUGGCUGUAUUUCUGUGGUCCAAUAAAAGUUUCUCGGGUUCUAGACUAGCA